GGACAAGAUUUAAUAACAAACAAAACGAGCGUUUUUUGUAACAGGUGUGACCGGGUUUUAAAUGCCAAAUAUUACCGAUUCAUAAACUAAGCUGCGUAAACAUCUUUCAAGAAUCUUUUAGUUGUUAAAAAGGGAGCUUAGGAAAUUCAGUCGAAACUUGGAAAUUGCACAAUGGUUGUGGGCGUCUUUCCACUGGCAAAACUAGCUUUACUUGCCAUUAAGCACAUUAGCAAGCCCAUUGGCAAUCUGAUCAAGCAAACGGCCAAAAAGAAUAAGUCAUUCAAAACCCUGGUUGUUGCUCCUCCGGCGAGAUUAUACCACGUUAUUGAUGUGCGCUCCAAGAUGUGGAUGCUGGGACUUGGCCAACCUCGUCUAAUUCCGCCCCUCACUGACGCAAUGACUAUCCAAAUGGGUGGCGAUAUCCUGGGCGAAAUGGUCAUCUUCAUUAUCGGCGCCACGCUGAUUGUCGGGGAGUUCAAAAGGCAAGCCAAGAAUGACAGGUUGAAGCACGAAAGACACAAGAUGCAUCGGGAGAAGCUGGAGGAAAGAAUUGGUGACCUCACCAACAAGGUCACCCGCCAGACCAAGGAAAUCAAUCAGCUCAGGAGCAAGCUGGGAAGCAGGGAAACCUAUACGGCAUAUAGCAAUACAGGGGAUUUGGAAUGUAACUGA